AUGGGGUCUUAUGAAGACUCUUACAAAGAACUCCCAAUGUACUUACAUGAGUUGAGGAUGGCGAACCCGGGGACUUUGACUUCUCUGCUUGUGAAUCAACAGACGAUGAGGUUUGAGAGAUGUUUUGUUGCACUCGGACAGUGUGUUAGAAGUUUUCAAACAUCUCUGCAAAGGGUCUUGGCCGUUGAUGGGACGCAUUUAAAAGGUAAGUACAAGGGUAUUUUGUUUGUUGCUACGGCAUUGGAUGGUGACAAUCACAUCUUUCCAGUCGCUUUUGGUAUCGGAGAAUCAGAGAAUAGCAACAGUUGGAACUGGUUCCUUACAUACCUCAACGAUUCGUUAGGGAAUUUACCUGGUCUUGUUAUUAUAUCAGACCGUCAUAAAGGUCUAAUGAAAGAAGUUCCACAGGUCUUCCAGGCAGCAAUUUAUGGGUACUGCACCUACCAUAUAUACCGAAACUUGGUGGAUACGUUCAAAGACAAGUCAUUGGAAAUCUACUACUGGCAGGCUGUAAAGACUUGUAGGAGGGCUGAUUUCGAUAAAUUCAUGCAUCAUAUCGAACUUGCCAACCCCCCAGUACAUGCAUGGCUAAGGGAAAUAGGUUAUGAAAAGUGGGCAUCUUCGCAUUUCCCAGGAAAAAGGUUCAAUUUGGUGACUACAAACAUAGUUGAGUGUGUUAACGCUCUAUUCAAAGAAGCACGAGAAUAUCCAGUGACUAUGCUAAUAGAGACGGUCAGAUUGAAAAUUCAAGAGAUGUUUUGUAAAAGAAGAGAAUCAGCCUCAUCAUUUGUUGGACCGUUGACACCGUGGGCCGAGAAACAAAUAAAGGAUCUCAUACCGAAGGCACGAGAUGUUCGUUGCCACGCAAUUUCCCGAGAUGAAUACUAUAUUGUGGGAGACUACAAUGAUACCGUCAAACUCAAUGAGCUUUCAUGUACUUGUCGCGAGUUUGAAGUAAAGGGUUUGCCUUGUUUUCAUGUUCUUUCAGCAUGUAUAAACUACAAUCUUCUUCAUUACUCGUAUUGCUCCCCGUUGUACACGGCGAGGAAUUAUCAGAUCACCUAUGAAAAUUCGGUGUACCCAGUACGGGCCAAAGUCAAUGGGAAAUUUCUCCUGCAUUCAAGGAGUACUGUUCGAGAAUCCGGCCUCCGCUACAGAUGA